CGUCUGAAGAGGUGAAAGGUGAAAUCCGUGCCGUGUUGUUUUUGUUGGUGCGUACUAAGGUCGCUGUGGAGUAAGGUCAGAAACAAGCUUCCUCAGCACUUUUCUUCUGCGGCGUAAGUAAACUUUAACUUCUCCUACACAAUUCUGUGAGAUAAAGGGUCAGUUAGGUUGAACAGCUAAUGUUUUACGGACGGUGUAUUAUGCAAGUUGCAUGUCAAACACCUGAAGAUGCUGAUCUGAAUUUCUGAUAACACACAUGAUUUUUGUGAAUAAUUACCUUAAGGGGAAAAAAUAAAUCACCUUAAGGGGGCAAAGAUCGUAAGAGCAUGCAGUGCAGAGCUGUUUUGUAAGCAGAUUUCUCGAAGACAGAAAGUGUUCAAAGGGCAGAUUCCAAGAUGUUUGGCAUCGAGUUUGCCCCGUUGAACAUUCCUAUGAAGCGCCGCCUGCAGACUGCCGCGGUACUGCAGUGGUGCCUGUGCUUCCUCCUGCUGGGGCACUCCUGCUGCAUCCUGGCUGUUGUCCUGCUCUUCACGCGAUGGUGGUGGUUCUCCGUCCUGUACAUCAGCUGGUGGAUCUUCUACGACCUGGACACGCCCCACCGCGGAGGGCGGCGCUGGCAGUUUGUCCGUAACUGGACCGUGUGGAGGUACAUGGCCGAAUACUUCCCCAUCGAACUGGUCAAGAGCGCUGACCUGGACCCGGAGAAGAACUACGUCUUCGGCUUCCACCCGCACGGAGUGAUGAGUGCGGGAGCUUUCGUGAACUUCAGCACAGAAGGGACCAACUUCUCCCAGAAGUUCCCGGGAAUCCGUCCACACCUGCUGAUCCUGACAGGAAUCUUCUGGAUGCCGUGGCACAGAGAUUACGUUAUGACCAGCGGAUGUUGUGCUGUGAGCCGUGAGUCAGUGGAAUGGAUUCUGACCAGACAAGGAACUGGCAAUGCUGCUAUCAUUGUUGUUGGUGGUGCCAAAGAAGCUCUGGAUGCCAUGCCUGGGAAGUGUACCUUGACUAUCAAGAGACGUAAAGGCUUUAUCAGGAUGGCUAUGAAACAUGGUGCUGAUUUGGUUCCAGUGUACUCCUUCGGUGAGAAUGAGGUGUACACCCAGCUGAACAACCCACCCGGGUCAUUCCUCAGAAAGUUCCAGACCAAACUGCAGAAGUUCACAGGGUUUGCCACCCCACUGUUCCAUGGGCGGGGUGUGUUCCAGUACACCUUUGGCAUUGUGCCAUACCGGAAACCCAUCCAUACCAUUGUUGGCACACCGAUCCCUGUUGAGAAGAACGAGAACCCUACCGAAGAGGAGGUUGAGGCCCUACAGAAGAAGUACAUGCACGAGCUGACUGUUCUCUUUGACAAGUACAAGGAUCUGUAUGACAUGGGAAACCAUGAGCUGGACUUCCAGUAACAGGCUUCCCUCAUGACUCAUUUAUAUCACUUAAACUGGCUAAUCUGUUGUGGUCGUUGUUAAUUUACCUUGCACCUCUAGGAUUGGGGGUUGCAGGUUAAACCUGUAUGUCAAACUUGAUAGUGAGUGAGUAAAGUAUACUGCAGUUACCGUACACGUUUGUUUACAAUUUUUUGCUGCAUGAUUUUCAUAGAGACUAUGACUAUCAACCAGAAUAACAUUUCUGUCACAAGACAGCUGAAUUUUGUAUAUCUCUUAAAUGACUGUCACAAAAAUAUCUUCAAUUUGCCAUUGUAAAACAUAUGUGACAGGGUCUAAGAAUAAAAAGAUUGAUAACCUGAGCCAUAUUAGGAAUAGUACUAGUGUGCUGUUAGCUUGCCUUGUCUUGGCCUCUGAGUUUGCCCAUACUUCAUAUACCUACUUCCACAAACACAUUUUAUACUGAGACAAUGGCAGGAUUUCACUACAUACUUAUAUACACUACCCACAUGAUUUGGAUGCAUGCUUUUCAAAUUUCACUACCCAAAUCUUUCUGUGCAUUUUAAAGUUUGCAAUUCUUUGUGAUAAACUCAAUGUUUGUGAUGAAAUAUAUAUAUUUUGAAAAAAAAUGCAGUGGUAUUGAUAGAGUACUAGUAUAUCUUUGACAGUAUAUUUUCUGUAAUCUGUGAUGCUGCUAGGAGUUCACUGUAAUCUUUGAAUUCUGUAAUUUAAAGUUCAUAGACCAAAAAUUUGCCUUUGGAGAAUGUUGAAGCCUCAGUGUGUGACUUAGUAAUGUAGGCAUUGGCUAAUAGACGUAGUGAUUGACCCAUGUGCUUUGUAAAUCUGACAGUAUUGGGUAGACUGUCAUUAGUGAUUUAUAUUUAAAAAUAACUCAUUACAUGAGAUUUAAAAAUGAACUACAUGUAUUAAGAAUGUCUUGUAUACCAUUGAAUGGUUUGACAGUGAGAAUUUUGUGACUUAUAGCUGAUGCUCUAUAUUGAUGUUAAAAUGUAUUAAACUGUCAUGAUAUUGUACAUGUAUGUGACCAGUAUUUGAAGACACAAAUUAAUGUUGCAGUCAGUUCAAAGUGCAAAAGGGACAAAAUGGUCUUUCACAUUGGUUGCCACAAUUGAUAAUAUAUUUCAGAAAAUGUAAGAAAAGAUUAUAUUGAAUUGUAUCCAUCAAUUUUAAAAAUGCUGUGACAAUAAAAAAAAAACUGUUUCUCUACAA